GAGCUGGCGCAGCAAACUUCCGGCCCAGGUCUCCUACCUCGAGCUAGUCCGCAGACCGUGUCGGAGCCGAGCCCUGCUGAUCAGCAUGAUCACGGACGUGCAGCUCGCCAUCUUCGCCAACAUGCUGGGCGUGUCGCUCUUCCUGCUUGUCGUUCUCUAUCACUACGUGGCCGUCAACAAUCCCAAGAAGCAGGAAUGAAAGUGGCGCUUUCUCCGCCCCAGGGUUCCAGGACAUAGUCUGAGGCAAGAUGGAGGGUGUGAGGGGCCUUCACACUUCACUUCAUCCCUUCUACCCAUCCCAACAUACAAAGCAACUACACCUGGAUUUUUCCAAACAACUUUUAUUUCCUCAAAGUCUUCCUUAAUCUUAUGGAACAAGAAGCUGCCACUGAAUAGGGCCCAGCAUAGGGCUACUUUAUUUUCUACUCCCUCCCCCCAAUAUAAAAAUAUAGAUUUUU